CUUCAGAUAGGCCACAGGGUAGACAGCAAGAUGGGAGAAGCUCAAAAGGGCUUACUCUCUGUGGUUGAGAAGCUGAAGGGGACCACGGAGCAGGAGGUUCGAAUAGUGCUUUUAGGACUGGACAACGCAGGCAAGACCACUUUGUUGAAGAGUCUAGCUUCAGAAGACGUCAACACUAUCACACCAACGCAAGGUUUCAACAUAAAGAGUGUGGCUUCUCACGGAAUGAAACUCAAUGUAUGGGACAUCGGAGGACAAAGAAAGAUCAGGGCCUUCUGGAAGAAAUACCUGGAAAAUACAGACCUUUUGAUUUAUGUUAUCGACAGUGCAGACAAGAAACGGUUUGAGGAGACCGGACUGGAGCUGUCCGAGCUGAUUGACGAGGAAAACCUGAAGGGCGUUCCCGUUCUCAUCUUUGCCAAUAAACAGGACCUGGCCACUGCAUCCCCGGCCAGUGAGAUCGCAGAGGGGCUGAACCUGCACACAUACCGUGACAGAGAAUGGCAGAUCCAAGCCUGCUCCGCCGUGUCUGGGGAGGGAGUCCAGGAUGGCAUGAACUGGAUUUGUAGCAACAUUGCAAACAGGAAGAAAAAAUGAACCAACCGUAAAACAUAUCACUGAUUUGUAAAGAUGUCAUACCAUAUACUCAUCUG